CUUCGCUCCAUCUCCCACGCUUACAGAACGCAAACGUUUCGAGGCGUUUUAGCAAUAGCCCCUCAAGUCACCCUCCCGCUUCGAUCUAGCAACUUUUUCAGCCUACCCUACAUAAAAUGCCUUCUACAUUCUUGUUCACUUCCGAGUCCGUCGGCGAGGGACAUCCCGACAAGAUUGCCGACCAGGUCUCCGACGCCGUCCUGGAUGCUUGUCUUGCGGAGGAUCCUUUGUCGAAGGUUGCUUGCGAGACCGCCACUAAGACUGGUAUGAUUAUGGUCUUUGGUGAAAUUACCACCAGUGCGAGGCUUGACUACCAAAAGAUCAUCCGUGGCGCCAUCAAGGAUAUUGGAUACGAUGACUCUAGCAAGGGCUUUGAUUACAAGACCUGCAACGUUCUUGUUGCCAUUGAGGAGCAGUCCAAGGACAUCGCCACUGGUGUUCACAUUGACAAGGCUCUUGAAGAUCUAGGUGCUGGUGAUCAGGGUAUCAUGUUCGGCUAUGCCACUGAUGAGACACCCCAGCUUCUGCCAUUGACUGUUGUGCUUGCACACAGACUCAAUGCCGAUAUGUCUGCGGCUCGCCGCGACGGAAGCCUCCCUUGGCUCAGACCUGACACUAAGACCCAGGUUACUGUUGAGUACGAGCAUGAUGGUGGUGCUGUUAUUCCCAAGCGUGUUGACACUGUCGUCGUUUCUGCACAGCACUCUGAGGAUAUCACCACAGAUGAACUGAGAAAGGAGAUUCUGGAGAAGAUUGUCAAGAAGAGCAUCCCGGCUAAGUACUUGGAUGAGAAGACCAUCUACCAUAUUCAACCCUCCGGUCAAUUUAUCAUUGGCGGUCCCCAGGGUGAUGCCGGUUUGACUGGUAGAAAGAUCAUUGUUGACACCUACGGAGGGUGGGGUGCUCACGGAGGUGGUGCUUUCUCCGGAAAGGAUUUCUCCAAAGUUGAUCGUUCUGCCGCCUAUGUUGGCCGCUGGAUUGCUAAGUCCUUAGUUGCAGCUGGACUUGCCAGACGUGCCCUUGUCCAGCUUUCCUACGCCAUCGGUGUUGCCCGCCCGCUUUCCAUCUUCGUUGAUACUUAUGGCACCUCCAACAGGACUAGCGAAGAAUUGGUCGAGAUCAUCAACAAGAACUUCGACUUGAGACCCGGUGUGAUUGUCAAGGAGCUUGAUUUGGCCAAGCCGAUUUACUUCCAGACGGCAAAGAAUGGUCACUUUACCAACCAGAACUUCUCUUGGGAGAAGCCCAAGAAGCUCGUAUUUUAGAUGAACAGCUUCUUACUCGCUUUGCUAUGUGUGUUUUCAUUUUUUAUUUACUUUUUUAUUUCAACCAAGGGUUUUGUAUCUUUCAUGAUAUCUCUUCGGUGGGCGACUUCAACUUCGGCUACCUGUUUUGUAUUAAGGUUUGAUUAUGUGAGCCGGUAGAGCGGAUGGGAUUCUGUACGGUAGGGUUAAAAUGGCGUUUUCAACAAAGAUAAAUAGGGGAUCGGCGGCUGGGUUUCAUUCAACAUAUUAUGAUGGAAUUCUUUUUUUUUCUUCUUUUUUUCUUUCUUUUUUUCUUUCUUUUUUUUGGUUGCUCGGGGGUGUUUCUUCCUUUUUUUUUUUUUUUUUUUUUUUCAUAAACGGUGCAUCGUGGGUCCUUUCAACCUCCCCCCGUGUGUUCUUUGAUGUGUAGAAAAAACUGUGGUUUUUUUUUUCUCUCUGGGAGUUCUUCAUGUCGUUUUCAGAUAGAAAUUCCAUAAGGACAUUACCGGCACUGCGCCCAACUUUUG